AAUUAUAAAAAUUAUGCAGUACAUUUCCUAACUUUUCCAUUUCCAUUCUUUUAUUUCCAAAAAUUAAUUUAGAUCACAUUCGUCAUCGCUGACAGCUCCGUGCGGUACCAAAACACAAACACCGGAAAAAUGGCCCUCUCGCUUUGGACGAAAUAUUCGAUUUUUACCAAAGCGGCACCCUCCGUUCUACGAAAUUUUUCGUUGUCGUCGAUACACAAAUUAAAAGAAAAGGUGAAGGUAAACGACACGCUGGUGGUGAAGGGAGAGUACGUACCGUCACCGCGCCGAGACACGCUCGUACCCCAGCUAGUGGAGGCACGUGAAUGUGGAGCCAAGUUCUGUCCCCAGUGCACGCUCGGUUUAGAUAUCAAGCACACCGAUGUGCUCAUCCUUAGCCAGUACUUGCGCUCGGACGGCUGCAUGUUACCCCGGCGAGUGACCGGAUUAUGUAAGCGGCAACAGCGGCGCAUCGGUGCGAUGGUCACCAUGGCACAGAAGGCCGGCCUCAUGCCGAAUUUGAAUCCGGCAUCGAGCAAAAAGGACCCGAAGAAACGGUACCAAUGGAAGAAGUACAACAAGUACUUCGAUGAAGAUACGAUCAAAUGCUAGACGCUGGUAUUUAAAAGAGGCAACAAAUAAAUUAGAUGCGUACGUAUACUGUUUUAA